UGCGGGAUCGACCGGGACGGGCUCGACCCAGCAGCGCGGCCCGAGAUUCAAGAGGUUCCGCCGCGGCGGGUUCAGCAGGCCGGAGACCGAGUCAGGUAACAUGGUCGAGGACGUCGAAACGUUGGAGUACGCGAACUCGACCGAGGAGGUGUUCCUGCUUACGGUCGGCAAGGGCAUCAGCGACGGAGGCGCCACACGGCCCGUCAUGGGCGACAAGGUUUGGGCGCAGUGGGAGGAGCUGCUUCGCGUGAAGAAGUUGCUGCACGAGGUCAAAUAUGAGAAGAGUGAUCGACGGUUCAGGUUCGGAGACGGUAAGACGCUCGAGGCAAAGAAAGCAGUGACGUUGGCGGUAUGGCCGUUCGGGAUCAAGAAGCAAGUCACCAUCCACCUCGUCGAGGGGUGGACGCCGCUGCUCAUCGCCAGGCCCUGCAUGGAGGAGUGGGGUCUCAUUCAGGAUUAUCGAGCAGGCACGUUCAUGAUGAAGGACCUUCCCGACAAGGGCUGGAUGAAGUCUGAACGAGAUGAGAAGGGCCACUUCAUCAUUGAUUUGUUGGGCAGCGCCGGGAAGGAAGCAGACGACGCCAUGAAUGAGGGCGCUCCCACGGACGGCGAGGAGAGCAGCGACGACUCGACGGACAAGGACUCGGAGGGGAGUUCGGUGAAGGGGGAGACCGACGACGGCAGCGACUCGUCGGUGCCCGACGCCGACGCCUACUACCUCGAGACCGUCCCGGAGUUCUACGACAUCGGCAGCGACGACGAGGCGCUGACGACCGAGGGUUUCUUAGACAUGGACGCGGACACCUACUCAGACCUGAUCUUGGCCCUAGAGCAAGCGGAGACCGGUAUGAAGGACACGCUUAGAGGACCCCGCGAGCGCGUGGUCUGGGAGGUCUUCGUGGACCAAGGGGCGCUGUCGGAGGAGCUGCUGGAGUUCCCGCAGGUCAAGGUGAUCCAGUUCAGGUUGGCGGACGGCUGGGACUUUUCCAAGCCCAACGUGAUCCGCAGCUUCUUGAGUAAGAUCGAUGAGGAGAAGCCCGAUGACAUCUUCUUCGCACCCCCAUGCAGUAUAUGGUGUUCGUGGCAACAUGUCAAUGAGAAGUUGUCGGAGGAACACGCGAAGGAGAUCAACCUCACCCGACAAUCCACACCCAUCUCCGGCAUCCCCGUCGACGCCGCCAUGCCCGCCGGCGAGGCGCCGCCCCGCGGACCAGCGAAGCCGCCAGGACCGCCGCCCGCGAACCCGUCAGGUACCCCGCCUCCUGCCGCCGCUGCCGCUUCGGCCGCCAGCGGCGCGGGCCCUGCUGCCGCGACCACCCGGGUCCCUGGCAGCGAGGGCGACGAGGCAGCCUACGCCGAGGAGUGGGCUGGCUGGACAGGCGGAGGCUGGUGGCGCCAGGAGAGUUCGACCUGGGACGGGGGAAGAGGACUCGAUGCUGGCCUGUCCAAGACGGCGCCUAGCUACGAGCUGCUGAAGACCGACGGCUACCGAGUCUUCAGACGAAAGCUAGAGGUCUUCGAGAGGUGCUGCCGCAAGCGCGGCACGACCGCCAUCAGCGAGGGGGCUUUACCGGUCAUGGACUCGCUGCAAGGAGAAACGGCCGAAGCUACGGAAGAGAUCGACCUGGACCUGCCCGAGACAGACGAGGCCUUCAGGCCGCUGUUCAAGGUCCUGGACGAGUACUACAAGUACGACAACCAGACUGAGCUGCCAGCCCGGACGGAUCAGUUCUUCGGCAGGUUCGCCCGCCAGGAGAAGGAGUCCAUGAAGUUGUACUUUGCACUGCCUACGCCAUCAGCGCGACAUCAGGGUCUGCCCGACAAGCGUGACAUCAAACGAGUGGAGAAGAUGCUGCUCGGGCAGAAUGCCAAGGACGACGCUCACUACACAAGCGACUACGAGUGGGAGCGAGGCCUGAGCUACGAAGACACGUACCUGGAGGCCGAGAUCGCAGAGGAGCUGCCGCAAGAUGUCGAGGACGCUCAGCUCGCGUGCGACGAGGCCUACCGGAGUUUCGUGGAUGCGAAGAAGCGCGUGGCUGAGAUCGCGAAGUCCAGAGGCUUCUACCCGAUCGUCGCCGUGGCGCCCGACAACAACUACCGCGAAGCACGACCUGCCCGAGCCCCAGGCCAAGGCAAGGGGCGCGGACGCGGCAAAGGCAAAGGCAAAGGCAAAGGAUCAAGUCACCCACGACGAGAUCCAUCAGCGUUCAAGUUCCCGAAGGCCCCGUUCUCCCGCUCGCCGGCUGCAUCGAAUGCGGGAUCGACCGGGACGGGCUCGACGCAGCAGCACGGCCCGAGGUUCAAGAGAUUCCGUCACGGCGGGUUCACCAGGACGGAGACCGAGUCAGGCAACAUGGUCGAGGACGUCGAGACGUUGGAGUACGCGAAUUCGACCGAGGAGGUGUUCCUGCUGACAGUCGGCAAGGGCAUCAGCGACGGAGGCGCAACGGGGCCCGUCAUGGGCGACAAGGUCUGGGCGCAGUGGGAGGAGCUGCUGCGCGUGAAGCAGUUGCUGCACGAGGUCAAGCCCUUCAUGGGGGAGUGGGGUCUCGUUCAGGACUACCGAGCAGGCACGUUCAUGCUGAUGGAUCUCCCCGACAAAGGUUGGAUGGAGUCCGAACGUGAUGAGAAAGGCCACUUCACCAUUGAUCUGUUGGGCAGCGUCGGGAAGGAAGCAGACGACGCCAUGGACGAGGGCGCUCCCGCGGACGGCGAGGAGAGCAGCGACGACUCGACGGACAAGGACUCGGAUGGGGCGCUCGACGCCGAUGCCUACUACCUCGAGACCGUCCCGGAGUUCUACGACAUCGGUAGCGACGACGAGGCGCUGACGACCGAGGGGUUCUCAGACAUGGACGCGGAUACCUACUCAGACCUGAUCUUGGCCCUGGAGCAAGCGGAGACCGACAUGAAGGAUGCGCUCAGAGGACCCCGCGAACGCGUGGUCUGGGAGGUCUUCGUGGACCAAGGGGCUUUGUCGGAGGAGCUGCUGGAGUUCCCGCAGGAACACGCGGAGGAGAUCAACCUCACCAGACAGAGAGAGGAACAGACGUUCCUCAAUAUGGUUCGGGAUUCAUUUGUGAAGCAGCAGAACGGUGGACGUCAUGCGCAUGCAGAAGGCCCGUGGCAAGGGCUACACUGGCAGACCAAGACCUGGCAGAAGCUACCUGGAUGCCACUGCCGGCUCGACCAGUGCAGGCUGGGCGCGAAGUUCGAGGUCAAGGGUAAGCUCAUGCCGUACCAGAAGCCUACGCGACCCCAGUCCACGAAUAAGGAGUUUGUUCACCACAUGAACACGAAAUGCAGCUGUACCGAGGAGCACGUGGUCUUACGCGGCAAGCUUGCCCAGCAGGCUCAGAACUACCCGAGACCGAUGGCGCGAAGGAUGGCCUACUUGCUCGCCAAUCAGGGCAUGGCCGACGACAUUGAGGAUAUCAACACCGCCGAGGAGGUCUCCAAGGACAUCGACGCCAUCGAGUACACCGACGUGAUGCAGGAGCUGAUGAAGCGUUUCGGCGUGUCGACGAUCAGGGCGGUCAAGCGCGUUCACAUCAGCCUGGGCCACCCUUCCAACGCGGCGCUGGCGACCGCCAUGAAGCACGCGAAGGCCCCGGCCGAGUGGCUUCUGUGUGCCAAGCUCUUCCAGUGUGAAGUCUGCCUGAGCAGGCAACGACCUCGAGCAGUGCGCGUAGCUGUACUGGCGAAGGCUAAACGGUUCCACGAGGUCGUGAACACCGACGUCUACUACGUCACCUGGAAGAACAAGGAGCGAAAGAUCUUGCCCAUGAUGGAUGAGUUCACGCGCUACGAGGUGGAUUACCCGAUCGCGAAGGAGACUUUCAAGAAGGAGGUGAAGCAGUUUCAGAAAUUGUGGAUCAGCUGGGCUGGCAAGCCCGACACCAUGAGGAUGGACAUGGCAGGCCCGCACGCGUCAAGGAAGAUGCACCAGUGGACGAGCAAGCACAACAUCACACUCGACCUGAUCCCGAAGGGCGCGCACCACAAACUCGGACUCAUGGAGCGCAACCAUUCGGUCAGGGGGGAGCAGCUCAGCAAGUACCACCUGCAAUUUCCUGACGACUCGCUCAAGACCGCGCUCAGGAUGACCGCCAGCCAGCGGAACAUCUUACGCAACGUGCACGGAUAUUCGCCCGCGAGGCUGGUGCUGGGCACACAGCCCAAGGUGCCUGGCGCGUUGUGCGACGAGGACUUCGGCCUGGCGGAGCAGGCCGCGCUGGUCGAUCCCAAGAGCGAGGUGCACGAGAUGAUGGUCAGGCGCGCUGCGGCGGGGGCGGCUUUCAUCGAGGCCAACUGCUCUCGUGCCGUGCGAGCUGCGCUGUUGGCGCGCAGCAGGCCGACACGCCGCGAGUGCCAGAUCGGCGAGUGGGUCUACUUCUGGCGACCCGAGAUGUCGACGGGCCUGGAGAAGUGCCACUGGCAUGGCCCGGCGCUGGCGGUGGUGGUGGAGUCGAAGGUCAACGAGGACGACGUGAUGCACACGUCCGUGGUGUGGGUCACGCACGGGCGCACGAUCUACCGCUGCACGGUGGAGCAGCUCCGCCCCGAGCUGUCCAGUGAGACCCGAGAGCGAGAAGGACGACGCGAGGAUCCCGACAGCCCACUCAGCAACGUCGAGAAGCUGAGGAGGGCGCUCAGGAGGACCAAGGGCACCUGCAGCUUCAGUGACCUCGCCGAGGGGGGCCAGCGGCCCCGGCGCGACGACGCCCUGGACGACAUGGGCGCGCAGCAGCCCGGCGCCCAGGGCGAUGGCCAAGAGAUCAUCGAGGAGGCCGAGAGGCUGGACGGCAUCCCCUUGGCAAAACGCGCCCGCAUGUCGUGGGCCAGGCUCGCACCGCAGCAGGAGGAGUCGUGUCUCAUCGAGGAGGUGGACGACGAGAUGAUGUUGUUGGAGGAAUCCACCGAGACAGUCUACACGCUGGCUUUCAAGAGGAAAGUCCCCACCAUCGUGGAGGGCAGGCUUACACCCGAGGAGCGGGAGCAGUUCUACGCAGCCAAGCUGGAGGCCCUCGAGGUGUUCAACAAGAACGACGGCUGGGAACCCAUCGACGAGGCGGAGGUGGACCCAGCGGCGUGCUGCCCUCAACGCUUCCUGCUGAAGUGGAAGGUGAAGGACGGGCAGCGAGUGGCCAACGCUCGAGUGCUCUACCAAGGUUUCAAGCACCGCGACGUGGCCGAGAGCCAGCUUGACAAGGGGGCGCCCACUUUGAGCAGGCUGGGCCGACACACGGUCAUGCUGUGGGCAUCCUUGAGGAAGUGGAGACUGUUCGCUGCGGAUGUGAAGUCCGCAUUCCUACAGGCCGAGGACGUCAGUGUUCGCGGCAUCAAGCUGUACGCGAGCCCGACGAAGGAGAUGAGGGACGUGCUUGUACACCAGAUCGGCCUGCAGCCAGGACAGUUGCUGAAGAUGAUCAAGCCUUGUUUUGGGGACCCGCGGUCGCCCAAACUCUGGCAUUACCGCUCCGACGAAGUCACGAGGGAGAUCGGGUUCAGGAAUCACUGGCUCGAGGAUUGCUUGCUGCUGCCCUUGCGGGCCGCGCGACCCUCGGACGACCCGUUCGACGCGUGCAGUUUCGACGGCCAGACGUUCGUGGUGGACGGGCUGAUCGGCAAGCACGUGGACGACUUCAUCGGCUGCGGCGAGAACGCGAGUUGCGAGGAUGACCUAUACGCCAAGCUGGACGACACCGAGUGCUUCCAGGCGCGGCUGGGCAUGCUCAGCGAGAAGUUCAAGUUCGGCAAGUGGGAGACCGGACCGAGUCUAGUCCUCACCGGCGGCGAGUUGGAGCAGUCCCUGAGCACCCACGCGAUCACCAUCAAGUUCGAGAAGUACCUGCACGCGGUGAUGCCCAUCACCGUGGAGAAGCACCGGCGGGCAGAUCCCACCAGCGCGCUGUCGCCGAAGGAGCUCACGAAUUUCAAGACCCUGAACGGCCAGCUACAGUGGCCGGCAGCCCAGGGGGUCAUCAUCGCGGCGGCGACCGUAUCGUUCAGAGCCGCAGCGACUGGCCACGCGACCGUGCAAGACUUGCUGGAUGCGAACAAAGAUUUACGGCUCCUGAAGGCCAACGCGGAUGUGGGACUGUACUUCGGCUUCGACAGGCCGUGGAGUGAGUUGCGUGUUGGAGGCUACUCAGACGCGAGCUGGGCCAGCCGACCUGACGGAAGUUCCCAAGGAGGCUAUCAGAUCUUCGUCGGACCCGAGGACGAGCUCAACGCCGGCACCCCAACACCGUUCGUGGCCAUGGAGUGGGCCUCGAAGAAGCUGGCGCGAUUGUGCAGGAGCUCUCUGUCCGCCAAGGCGCAAGCCGCGGCGCUGGGAGCCGACUCGCUGAGGCCUGACCUCGGACAUGACACCGCCAUGACAUACCUCGGGGAGUCGCCGUUCAUCACAGACGCGAAGUGCCUCUACGACGCCUCGCGGUCAGCGACGGCAGGAUUGGGCAUCGCAGAGAAGAGAACAGCCAUUGAGGUGAAGAUCGUGAAUGAGCAGCUGGCAGAGGUCAACGCUAGGUGGAAGUGGGUGAACACCCAGCAGCAGAUGGCAGACGGACUCACCAAGCUUUCGGCACGCCAGAUGAUGGCGGAUGUGCUACGCCGUGGAGUUCAUGCCUUGCGCUACGACCCCGACUUCGUGGCCGGCAAGAAGCUUACUAAGCGUGCGAUGGAGCAACGCGAGAAGGAGCUGGACCAGGCAGGGGAAGAGUUGCUCGACACCUUCGAGAAGGAACCCGUGGCGAAGGCGAAGGCUAAGGCCAGGACGCGCCAUUUUGGCGCGAGUGGAGCUCGCUUGGCAGCUACGUUGGCAGCUUCGGGAGCGACUGGCUCUGGAGCUGAGGUGGUACAGCAUACGCCCAGCGGCGUCGAGCUGUUCCACCCACCGACCGACGACGGCUGGGACAACCUGCUGGCGAGGUUGGCUAUGUUCGGAUUUCUGACGGCGAUGCUCAUGGCUUUUGGCUGUGGGUUCUGGGUCGGCACCUGUUGGACGCGCUGGACUACGACGAGCGCUGAGCAGAAGAGCAUCAAGCUGCGUGAGCCUGAGACCGAGCCGACGGAGAAGCACUACGUCGAGGGAACCGAGAAGAUGACGACCGGUGUGAACACCAAGCAGCCACGCCAGAAGAAGGUGCGCCACAUGAUGUGUCAGGCGCAGUGCCGCUACAACCAGGACACGCAGACGCCAAGGUUCCAGCCGCUGCCCGAGUACGCGCACGGAGCUUUCAUGGGAUAG